AUGACGAGACCACAAAUUAUCAGAGCCGACACAAUUGAUCUACAGGAUCCAAGCUCUCCUUCUGCUCAAGAUCAUUCCUCAGUCAGCUCGCGAGUCGCCGAAGGCCGGACCGGUCCCCAUCAGAACCAAUCCUUGCGCCAUGCAGAGCAAGAAGCUAGAGAUGACGUGAUCACGAGCCCUCGAGUUUCGCUCCACCAUUUGGACAAUGGAGACCAGAAUCAUCACAUCGAUAUUGUUUACGAUGAACCGGACGAUUCCAUGGCGGAUCUUAAAGGGGAAGACGGAGACAUUGGCGAUGAGGAAAGCGAUGACAUGAUGGAUGACGAUAUGAUGGAUAAGAUUUCGUCUUCACCAUCUAUAGAUGACGAGGACAUCGAUUUCGAAUUCGUUUAUGCUCUACACACUUUUGUUGCGACAGUCGAAGGACAGGCCAAUGCUGCCAAAGGCGACACUAUGGUCCUCCUUGACGAUAGUAACAGUUACUGGUGGCUCGUUCGAGUGGUCAAGGAUGGCAGUAUCGGAUAUCUCCCGGCGGAGCAUAUCGAAACUCCGACAGAGAGAUUGGCUAGGUUGAACAAGCAUCGUAAUGUGGAUCUAUCCGCAACAAUGCUUGGUGACAAUGCCGAAAAAUCCAAGAAUCCGCUCAAAAAGGCCAUGCGCCGGCGCAACGCAAAGACAGUCACCUUCGCUUCCCCAACAUUCUUCGAGGCCUCUGACAUUGACUACUCAACCGAGGAAGAAGAAGAAGAUGCAGAACAAUUGGAAGAAGAGGAAAUUCGAGUCGAACCUCAAGAUGCCCAAUACGACGUUCAAGAUGAAGAUAUGGUCGUAGAGCCACUUCGUCCAAAGCCACAUAAGGAGAAAGUCUCGCGGGUGGUUGAGCCUGAAACAGAGGAGACACAAACUGAGCCUUCGAGCCCUGAGAAACCGCGUCCUAGCGACGAAUCGUUUGAAAGACCAGCUCGGUCGAGAAAUGGUACACUACGGAAUACGGAUUCCUUCUUCAAUGACGACACAGCAGAAACUAAAAAGAUAUCCAUCACUCCAAGUCUUCUCCGCGAUGAUAACGGAGUGUCUAAAAGCGAGGCACAAGAGGGUCGCGCAAGUAUGGAGUCCAUCGAGAAGACUUUGGCUGCUGGUGACAAGGGCAAGCGCAAGGACAAAAAGCCAGGUAUGCUUAGCGGAUUGUUCAAAAGGAAAGAUAAAAAGGGUCGAACAUCGGAAGACGAUGGCGAAGAUGCGGAAAAGACCUCCGAAGAGAUUUCACGGUCAUCCCCGCAACCAAAGGUUUCAUCUGAAUCAUUACGAGAGCCUACCAAUACCAAGGCGUCUGGUGUCCAGAGACAGUCGAGCAAGCUUCAGAAGCAACAGCCAGCAGAGGUUGCCUUAGUCAAUCCGUCACAACGCGCCAUGCAAGACACUUCGAUAUCUACGAGCGAGGCGUCCUCACCUGUCAAGGAGGAUUACAGCUCUUCAAUCCGCCGGGUGUUGUCACCGUCAGCCGGGGCAACUGUUGCACCUCUUCAAGUGCGGACCUCAUUCGAGAAUAAUGCAGCUGCUCCUGAGCAGCGAACACCGAGUGAUUAUACUUCAUCUCCGGUGAAGACAUCGCCUGUGGCAACGUCAAACAUAACGUCGUCUAUGGGAAUGAACGGCAAGAUGCAUGACGGCCCGAUUGCUGAGGAACCUAUUCAGACAAUGUCCAGAGAAGACCCGUCAUCAAAUCCAGUUUCUCCAUCGCGGCAGUUGAGAGGUAAUGUUCACAGUGAUGAUAGCUUAUCUGACUCUGUUGUAAAUGUUUCACCUACUCAAGCCCCCAUGAGCUCCCGUCCCCCGGGCUUGGUUGUGGAUACAUCUUCGCAGGAAGGGCGCUCUGUUUCUCCGUUGUCCUCCAAAUCUUCCUCGCCAGAGUUUAUCGAACGACCUGAGCCGAAGGGCGAUGAGACAACACCGGUGUCUACUGUGUCGUCUGUUGCAACAGCAACAUGGAGCGACGCGAGCUUACGGAGUUAUCUCGAUGAUGAGAAUGAUAUUCGGGAUCUUCUUAUUAUUGUACACGACAAAUCGAAUGUGCAGCCCGCCGGACCCGAUCACCCGAUUACAGGCAGUCUCUUCAAGGAAGAGAGCAGACGUUUGAAGGAAAUGUCUGGGCGACUCGAUGAGAUGCUCGCAGGCUGGAUCUCGCGGAAAUCAGAUCGAGUUAGCAAAGCUUAUUGAUCACUUUUUCUCUUGUGGAACAACGCAUUCCCAUAUCCCAUUACAUACACCACAUUAUGAUAGCGACUAGUAUAUGACUGUGCCAUGACCUUCAUGGCCAACACCAAGAUCAGCACUGUUCUCUCUGUUUCUUUUUAUACCUUCGUUGCAUAGCUACCUUUUUCCGCUUUCCCCUUACACUCAUCCUGGAGAUUCCCCUCGUCUUUAUCUAUCUAUAUAUCUUCUCUUCAACCAUAUAACGGCGGGCACUGUUUUGCCUUCAUUCUUACAUUUAUUUUUUCUUUUCUCGUUUCACUUAUCAUAGUUUUUGGCGGCAUUGUUUUGACUAUCUGCAA